ACAUCUCUCCCUAAGCAGGUCACUUUAUGCUGUAUUUAUACACAUAGUGAUAUGAAAUUGUGAUUUUUUAUUUUUCAUGUUUUGACCGGAUGUUUCUCCUUUUUUCCCCCCACACGACAUUAACAAUAUAAACGACGCUCUCUCUCUCUCUCUCCCAUCCAUCGUCUACACAAUCUCGAAGUGAAACUGCAGAUUCUCGGUCAUCUGUGUGUGAUCUGACAGCUGUCUGACCCACCAACAUGUAGUCACCAGAGUGCUGUCAGCAGAGCUCCAUCCACAUACCAUCUCUCUGAGCAACGACUCUCAUCCUCCGGUCCACUCGCAACAUAAAUACCUCGUCCUCCUCUUCACCAUGCUGCAGAUCGGAGAUGAGGUGAUGUAUUUCUCGGCGGUGUUUCUGCUGGUGCUGUUAGGGACGAGGAGCGCUACGGGAGCUUCUCUCCUCACGGCAUUUCUCUACGUCUUCAUGGUGAUGUUCCGGUUCCCUCCGGUGCCAGCGGAGCAGGCCAGCCGCGUCCUGCGGCCCAGGGCUCCUUCAGGCGGCGUCCCGAUGGUGGCGCACCGCGGAGGAAGCCACGACGCUCCGGAGAACACACUGGCAGCGAUCAGAGAGGCCAGCAGGAACGGGGCAACAGGAGUGGAGCUGGACCUGAGUUUCACGGCCGAGGGCGUGCCGGUACUGAUGCAUGAUGAGACUGUUGACCGCACCACCAACGGCUCUGGACCAGUUAGCAAACUGCAAAUUGUCCAACUAAGGAGAUUAGAUGCUGCUGCUCAUCACAGGCUAAAGGACAGGUUCAGUGGAGAGAGGGUGCCAACUCUGCAGGAGGCUGUGGAGGAAUGCAUCAGACACCAGCUGACCAUCUUCUUUGAUGUCAAAGGUCAACCUGAUAAGGCUGCAUCAGUGCUUCACGAGAUGUACAAGAAGUUCCCUGUCCUUUACAAUUCCAGUAUUGUUUCCUCCUUUGAGCCCAAAGUUAUCUACAAGAUGCGUCAGACUGACCCCAAUGUGGUCACGGCCCUGACCCACCGCCCCUGGAGACUGAGCCGCUUUGGUGACGGCACUCCUCGGACCCUGUCAACGUGGGGUCAGCUCUGGACGGGGGUUCUCGACGUGUUGUUGGACUGGGCGCACCACCACAUCCUGUGGAAACUUUGUGGGGUCUCUGCCAUCCUCAUGCAGAAAGACUUUGUCUCACUGGACUAUGUUCAGUACUGGGCGGAGCGAGGUGUGGAGGUGGUGGGCUGGACCGUUAACACCGCUGUGGAGAAAGACUUCUACCAAAACCUGCUGAGGAUCGGCUACAUCACUGACAGUUUGCUGGAAGACUGUGAUCCUCACUACUGAAUGGUCUCUCUCUCUCUCUCUCUCUCUCUUACACACACACACACAUAUAUAUAUAUGGCACUUUAAGACAUACAGGGUGAUCAAAAACUUUGAAAAAAUUUAAUGUUUCACAGCUUCCCAGUGAACAAAGUAUAAGAUGGAAAUUCUUUGUAUUAGCCAAAAAAAAAGAGAAAGAAAAAAAAUACCCAUUCCAUUAUAACAUUUCUCAGUUUCUUCUCUUUUUAAAGAAAAUAAAACACUGAAAUAUUUACAGUAGAUAAAGUUUAAUUUAAGGAGGAAGGAAGCUGGAAAUUUGGUGCUAAUGAGCUCUGUAGUGGCAAUCAAACAUCCCAAGCUUUAUAGAAACAUAUACAUGAUUUACAGUAGAGGUAGGAGCACCUGUAGCUGGCAUACAGGUAAUUUUCCCUUUAAAUCAACAGGUACAUUAGACCAUGAAGGCUAAACUGUCCUUAUCCUACUACCAUCAGCAAUACUUCCAACUCUCCUGGACCAGGGAUUAGGAUUACGCUACCUUAAAGAUCUUUUCUACCUUGUGUGCUGAUCUUUCAGAGGCUUUGUUGCAUCAGUGUAAACAGAUCUUGACAUCAUACAAAUGCCUGCUAUCAUGGUAUUUAUUUAAUAAGGAACUCUGUAGGAUCUCUUGUGAUUAUCCUACAACCUAACGUGCAUGAUUGUUUGAUUGUUCAGAAACUUGCCUCUGGUCAUUAUGCGCCACAGAAACUUUGCUGCAAGACAUUAAAACCUUGAAUGAUUCAGCUGUAGGAUGAUGAUAAUGUAAUGUGAUCCAAAGACUUUCAUCCUCGAGAGAAAUGUUCUGUUGAGUUCUGCCACACAGGUGUAACUUGUUUGAUACACGGAUUGUGACUCACCACUGGAGGAGAAGAACUCGCUUUGCAAACAGGGCUGUAGACAGGAUUUUAAAAAAACAACACACACUCUUGGAUCCAGUUUCCUCCAGGUCCAUCCCACCUGAAAAAGAAAUGUUUGACUCACCCACUGGAAAUCUCUGCACGCCUCUGUAAAAUUACAUUUCUUUCAUGCAACACUCAUUCAUUCAAGAUUUCAGUUAUAUUUCCUGUAAAUCUUAUCACUCCACAUAAAGAUCCCAAAUGCUGCUUUGAAUGUUUUCUCCAUGCUGCUUUAGGGGAGAAAUAUUAUUAUUCCAUUUUUUUAGAAUUCAACUUUAACUUCAUUGUUUUGCCUGAAUACCCUCACAUUUAAGGCAACUGACAGUAAAGAUGAUCAGAAUCAGCCUUAAAAAGCACACUGUGUGCAAUUUAUCUGUAACUGCAGAAUGUAAACUCCCAGAAAGUCCCAGGAAAAAAAAAAACGAACAGAGGACGUGGCAUAGGUGUGCUCAGUUGUAUCUUACGUCCUGUUUAUGAUAAAACCAAAGUUAUUGAAUGAGUUCCUUCAGGGCAAAAGGUUUAACAAACUCAUCUUGGUGACAGCUUCUUGGUAACAACUUGUUCUUCUGAGGAAAAAAACAACAACACUUCUCUUGCAUUUCCUCUUUUUUUCAUUUCCUGUGGUGUCAUCAAAACAUUUCAUCUUUCUUAUUUGGCUGAUGGUAAAACUUGAGAAUGUAAAAAAACCAGUUUGCAAAACUGAUAAAACUUCAUAAUGUCUUUUAAGUGACAACCCAAAGGUAAUAAAUUUGUAAAAAGUA